UUAUGAUCAGUAGAAUGUGUGUGAGCGGCUUCGACUGAGAGAGCGGUGUAAUGAUAAAAGCCGCAUUUGCGGUACCCUCCUCUCACCUCAUAUAAAUCAGGAAAAAACGGAGAAACCGUCUUAUUUCGUUCCUCCUCGAGCCCUAGACUUAUCCACGUCUCGGAGAACAUUGUGAAGCACCAUGUCCAGGCCGUCAGGGGGCGGUGUUUCCAAUGAUGUCACCCGCUUCCUGUCCACGGGGGCGGUGCCAGGCUCGCCCACUUCCUCUACCCCCACUGGCCACGUAUUCUCCGCCUCCAGCCAAGCUGAUUGGGCGGCAAAGAGGCUCGUCUGGGUUCCGUCCGAGAAGCACGGCUUUGAGUCUGCCAGUAUCCGUGAGGAGCGAGGGGAUGAGGUGGAGGUGGAGCUAACAGACAGCCAGAGGAAGCUGACCCUGUCCAGAGAGGAGGUCCAGAGGAUGAAUCCUCCCAGGUUCAGUAAGGUGGAGGACAUGGCUGACCUCACCUGUCUCAACGAAGCCUCCGUCCUACACAACCUCAGAGAGAGAUACUACUCUGGCUUGAUAUACACAUACUCGGGCCUGUUCUGUGUGGUGAUCAACCCCUAUAAGAACCUGCCCAUCUACACAGAGUCUAUAGUGGAGAUGUACCGAGGGAAGAAACGCCAUGAGAUGCCCCCUCACAUCUACGCUAUAUCAGAGGCUGCCUACCGCAGCAUGCUACAAGACAGAGAAGAUCAAUCUAUCCUAUGCACCGGCGAGUCUGGCGCAGGGAAGACAGAGAACACUAAGAAAGUCAUCCAGUAUCUGGCUCAUGUGGCCUCAUCCCAUAAGACUGGAACUCUGGGUAGAAACAAGGAGGCCUCACAGAUGGAUGGCAGUAGGUCGUUGCCCCGGGGCAGUUCCAUGGUGAACAGGAGUGUGCAAUAUGGAGAGCUAGAGAGACAGCUGCUACAGGCCAACCCCAUCCUGGAGGCCUUCGGAAAUGCCAAGACUGUCAAGAACGACAACUCCUCCAGAUUUGGCAAAUUCAUCCGUAUUAACUUUGACGUGGCUGGAUAUAUUGUCGGUGCCAACAUUGAGACCUACCUGCUGGAGAAGUCGAGGGCGAUCCGCCAGGCCAAAGAUGAAAGGACCUUCCACAUCUUCUACCAACUCAUGUGUGGAGCUUCAGAGACCACCAGAGCAGACCUUCUCCUUGGUAGUGCUGACCAGUACAGGUUUCUGAGUGGAGGUGCUAUACCUGUUCCAGGCCAGAGUGAUGCUGACAACUUCACCCAGACCAUGGACUCUAUGACCAUCAUGGGAUUCACACCAGAGGAGUCUCUGUCCAUGUUGAAGGUGAUCUCUGCGGUGCUCCAGUUUGGGAACAUCUCGUUCACUAAGGAGAAGAACCAGGACCAGUGCUCCAUGCCAGACGACACGGCUGCCCAGAAACUGAGCCACCUGCUGGGCAUCAGCGUGCUGGAGUUCUCCCGGGCCAUCCUCACUCCCAGGAUCAAAGUAGGACGCGAGUAUGUUCAGAAGGCCCAGACCAAAGAACAGGCUGACUUUGCUGUGGAGGCGUUGGCCAAAGCUACAUAUGAGCGUCUGUUCCGUUGGCUGGUCCACAGGAUCAACCGGGCGCUGGACCGCAGACAGAGACAGGGAGCCUCUUUCAUAGGCAUACUGGACAUAGCAGGCUUUGAGAUCUUCCAGUUGAACUCAUUUGAGCAGCUAUGUAUCAACUACACCAACGAGAAGCUGCAGCAGCUGUUCAACCACACCAUGUUCAUCCUGGAGCAGGAGGAGUACCAGAGGGAGGGCAUCGAGUGGAGCUUCAUCGACUUCGGCCUGGACCUGCAGCCCUGCAUCGACCUCAUCGAGAGACCGGCCCAGCCCCCUGGUGUGCUGGCCCUAUUGGAUGAGGAGUGUUGGUUUCCGCGGGCGACAGAUCGUUCAUUUGUGGAUAAGCUGUCUGCUGAGCAGGGGACACACCCUAAAUUCUUCAAACCUCGACAAAUACGACAAGAGGCCGACUUCGCCAUCAUCCACUACGCUGGGAAGGUGGACUAUAAGGCAGAUGAUUGGCUGGUGAAGAACAUGGAUCCUCUGAAUGACAACAUAGCGUCUCUCCUCCACCAGUCCUCUGAUCACUUCAUCUCUGAGCUCUGGAGAGAGGAUAUUCAGACUCUUCCUCGAGUAUAUUUCUUUGACUCCUAUGCCACACUGCAGACCAAUGGCUCUGACAUGGAGAGGCCCGUAGGGCUGGACCAGGUGUCCAACGACACCAACAGUGGGCCGGUCAACUUCGGGGCGGGGCUGAAGACUAAGAAGGGGAUGUUCAGGACCGUAGGUCAGCUCUACAAGGAGUCCCUCACCAAGCUGAUGGCAACACUACGCAACACCAACCCGAACUUCCUCCGCUGUAUCAUCCCCAACCACGAGAAGAAGUCUGGUAAGCUGACUCCCCAUCUUGUUCUGGACCAGCUGAGGUGUAAUGGAGUCUUAGAGGGGAUCCGUAUCUGCAGACAGGGCUUCCCCAACCGCAUCCCCUUCCAGGAGUUCAGACAGAGGUAUGAGAUCCUGACUCCUAAUGCUAUCCCUCGUACCUUCAUGGACGGGAAGCAGGCCUGUGAACUCAUGAUCAGUGCGUUGGAGCUGGACCGUAACCUGUUCAGAGUUGGGCAGAGCAAAGUGUUCUUCAGGGCUGGAGUCUUAGGUCACCUGGAGGAGGAGAGAGACCUGAAGAUCACUGACACCAUCAUACGCUUCCAGAGCGCUGCCCGAGGAUUCCUCGCACGCAGGGCCUUCCUGAAGAAGCAGCAGCAGCUGAGUGCUAUGAGAGUGAUGCAGAGGAACUGUGCUGCCUACCUCAAACUCAGGAACUGGCAAUGGUGGAGGCUGUUCACCAAGGUGAAGCCUCUGCUGCAGGUGACUCGUCAGGACGAGGAGAUCCAGGUGAGGGAGGCGGAGCUUAAGAAUGCCAAAGACAACCUGACCAGAGUGGAACAGGACUACACUGAUCUGGACAAGAAACACAUACAGCUGAUGGAGGAGAAGGCGGUGCUGACAGACCAGCUGCAGGCGGAGGCAGAGCUGUUUGCUGAGGCGGAGGAGAUGAGGGCCAGACUGGUCAGCAGGAAGCAGGAGUUGGAGGAAAUCUUGGGGGAGCUGGAGGGACGAUUGGAGGAGGAGGAGGAGAGGGGCGUUCAGAUGACCAAUGAGAAGAAGAAGAUGCAGCAGCACGUGACGGAUCUUGAGGAGCAGUUGGAGGAGGAGGAGUCGGCCAGACAGCGCCUCCAGUUGGAGAAGGUUACCCUGGAGACCAAGGUCAAGAGUCUGGAGACAGAGAUGCUGAGCACUGGAGAACAGAGAGACCGCCUCAGCAAGGAGAAGAAGCACCUGGAGGAGAGGUUGAAUGAGGUGACAGACUCACUGUCUGAGGAAGAGGAGAAGACCAAGAGUCUCAACAAACUGAAAAACAAACAAGAAGCAGUCAUUGCUGACCUGGAAGAUCGGUUGAAGCGUGAGGAGCAGGGUCGUCUGGAGCAGGAGAAGUGGAGGAGGAGGAUGGAGGGAGAAGCCGUGGAAGCCCAGGAGCAGCUCUCUGACCUGGGACUACUGUCCGCUGAACUCAGGGGCACCCUGGCUCAGAGAGAGAAAGAUAUCACAACCCUACAGGGGAGGUUGGAGGAGGAGGGUGCACGAAGGACUGAGGCUCAGAGGGCUCUGAGAGAGGCCAUGUCUCAGGUGUCAGAGCUGAAGGAGGAAGUGGAGAAUGAACGAGGGAUGAGAGAGAGGGCAGAGAAACAGAGGAGAGACCUGGGGGAGGAGCUGGAGGCCUUGAGGACAGAGCUGGAAGACACACUGGACACCACGGCGGCCCAGCAGGAACUCAGGUCUCGUAGAGAGGCAGAGCUGGGGGAGCUCCAGAGGUGUGUUGAGGGGGAGACGAGACGUCACGAGGCCCAGCUCUCAGAGCUCAGAGUCAAGCACUGCUCUGCCAUAGACAACCUGCAGGAACAACUGGACAACAGCAAGCGGGCCCGUCAGUCCCUAGAGAAGGCCAAGACUCUAUUAGAGGACGAGAGGGUGAGCUUGGCCUCAGAGCUGAAGUCCCUGCAGGGGGGCCGCAUGGAGAGUGAGAGGGGCCGCAAGAGGGCAGAGGGCCAACUCCAGGAGCUGACCGCACGCCUCGCACAGGCCGACAGAGAGAGAGAGGAGAGAGAGGAGCGACUGCACAAGCUACAGUCUGAGAUGGAGACCCUCUCUAGUUCUCUCUCCUCCUCUGACUCCAAGUCGCUCCGUCUCAACAAGGAGGUCAGCAGCCUGGAGAGCCAGCUCCACGACGCUCAGGAGCUACUUCAGGAUGAGACUCGUCAGAAGCUGGCUCUGGGCUCCAGGGUGAGAGCUCUGGAGGAGGAGAGGAAUGGACUGAUGGAGAGAGUGGAGGAGGAAGAGGAGAGAGCCAAGGAUCUCUCCAGGCAGAUACAGACUCACACUCAGCAGCUGGCUGAGUUGCGGAGGCAGUCGGAGGAGGUGAAUGGGGCGGUGGAGGCAGGAGAGGAGACGCGCAGGAAACUGCAGAGAGACCUAGACCAGGCCGUCCAGAGAGAACGACAGAAGGAGGAGGAGAAAGAACGCGUGGAGCGACAGAGGGAGAGGCUGAGGGAGGAGAUAGAGGACAUGACCCUGGCCCUGCAGAGAGAGAGACAGAACUGCACCACCCUGGAGAAGAGGCAGAAGAAGUUUGACCAGUGCCUGUCAGAGGAGAAGGCGGUGAGUGCCCGGCUGGCUGAGGAGAGAGACAGGGCCGAGGCAGACAAUAGAGAGAAGGAGACACGCUCCCUGGCACUGGCACGAGCCCUGCAGGAGGCCCAAGAUCAGAGGGACGAGCUGGAGAGAUCUAACAAGCAGCUCCGCAUAGACAUGGAACAACUAGUCAAUCAACAGGAUGACGUGGGGAAGAAUGUGCAUGAGUUGGAGCGUUCCCGGCGGGCCCUGGAGACAGAGGCAGAGUCCCUGCGCACUCAGACCCAGGAGCUGGAGGAGGAGCUGGGGGAGGCGGAGAACUCCAGACUGAGGCUCGAGGUCACCCUCCAAGCCCUCAGGGCCCAGUUUGAGAGAGAGAUCAGCACCAAGGAGGAGAAAGGAGAGGAGAAGAGGAGGUCUCUCAACAAACAGGUGAGGGAGUUGGAGACCCAGCUAGAAGAGGAGAGAAGUCAACGCUCUCAGGCCAUGUCCGUCAAGAAGCAGCUGGAGGGGGAGCUACAGGAGGCUGAGGCCCAGGUGGAGACAGCCAAUCGCGGCAGGGAGGAGGGGCUUAGGCAGCUACGGAGACUGCAGGUUCAGAUGAAGGAGGUGCUUCGUGAGCUGGAUGAGUCCAAGCUGGCCCGUGACGAGGUGGUCGUCCAAUCAAAAGACACAGAGAAGCGCUUGCAGACCUUGGAGGCGGAGUUACUGCAGCUUACAGAGGAUUUAUCAGUGUCUGAGAAGAUGAGGAGACAGGCUCAGCAGGAGAGAGAUGAGAUGGCUGAUGAGAUUGUCAACAGCUCUACCGGGAAGUCGGCUCUGUGUGAUGAGAAGCGGAGGUUGGAGGCGCGAGUCACUCAGCUGGAGGAGGAGUUGGAGGAGGAGCAAAGCAAUGCUGAACUAGUGGCCGAGAGACACAGGAAGACAACACUUCAGGUGGAGACUCUGACGGUGCAGCUGCAGGGAGAGAGGACCCUGGGCCAGAAGGCUGAGGGGGCCAGGGAGGCUCUGGAGAGGCAUAACAAGGAGCUGAAGCUGAAGCUGGGGGAGAUGGAGGGAGCUGUCAGGGGAAAACACAGGCUCAGUGUCGCCGCCCUGGAGGCCAAGAUGGACGGCAUGGAGGAGCAGCUGGAGCAGGAGAGACAAGAGCGAGCGAUAGCCAACAAGCUGGUGAGGAAGACAGAGAAAAAACUGAAGGAGGUGAUGAUGCAGGCAGAGGACGAGAGGAGACACGCAGACCAGUACAGAGAACAGUUGGAUAAGUCUAUGGGCCGGCUGAGGCAGCUGAAGAGGCAGCUCGAGGAGGUGGAGGAGGAUAACUCUCGUUCCAACGCCCAGAGACGUAAACUGCAGAGAGAGAUGGAGGAGCUGACUGACAGCUCCCAGAGCAUGACCCGCGAGAUCACCGCUCUACGCAGCCACCUCAGUCUGCCUCACACUCCACUCCAUCCACUCAGCAUCACCACAUCUGAACGGAAACCAGAGAAGCGUGCUCCGAUGCCCCUUGGGAUGCGCUCAGGUCGCAGGGCGUUGGUGGAUGAUCUGUCGUGUGAGAACUCUGACUCGGAGGAGCCCCCCCCCCCCCCCGACUCCUUCUUCUGGUACUGGCCCCGGAACUGGCCCCGGCACCCCCACACCCCCCUCUGAAAACAACAGUCUAGGACCCCCCCCACCAUACAGCCUCAACGACACUGAGUAAUACACACACAAACACACACGCAUACAUACAGAUACAUACUCACACAGACACAUAGGCCUGCAUACAUGUAUAUGUACACAUAGGCCUGCAUACAUGUAUAUGUACACAUAGGCCUGCAUACAUGUAUAUGUACACAUAGACCUGCAUACAUGUAUAUGUACACAUAGGCCUGCAUACAUGUAUAUGUACACAUAGGCCUGCAUACAUGUAUAUGUACACAUAGGCCUGCAUACAUGUAUAUGUACACAUAGGCCUGCAUACAUGUAUAUGUACACAUAGGCCUGCAUACAUGUAUAUGUACACAUAGGCCUGCAUACAUGUAUAUGUACAUACAAAUACACCCUCACAUAGACUGACUUACUGAUCCUGCACUUCUUUAAACUAUUUCCUCUGCAGUCCAAACUAGAACAGGGAGCAUACACACACACUCACACACACUCUCUCUCUCUCACACACACACACACAAUUUAAGGGGGGGAAGAGGAUUUGUUGAUGAUUCGUGAGCAAGAAUAUGGACUGUAUUCUCACUGGGGGAAACUUCAUCUCCCAGAAAUCUGAGGGAAAGUGAAUUCUAUCAUCAUAGCCAUGUUCUAUUAUUAUGAUACUGUAUUAUGAUUCAAAUGGCAGAAGUAAGAUGGCUACUGGCCACUAUCAAUGUAAGGCCAUGUUUAACCCUUUGAGGAACUCUGACAAUAUCCCGCCUGUGUUUAGCGUUCUAGUUGAGGACAUCGCAAAGGGCUGCUAAAUGUUCUAGAAUGCUGUAGAAUCCUGGAAUAAAACACUCCGAAUACUGUUCCACUCCUCAAAGGGUUAAUGACAAUCUGCAUGUUUGGGAAGACAUUUUGCAAGACUAGAGAAACACACACACACAUGCACACACACACACACACACACACACAGGGGACUGAUUCAUGUUUCUAUGUAUGUAGUCCCUCUGUCAGUGUGUGUCUUGGAAAAGGUAAUCGCUCAUUGACUGCUGGUGUGAAAGACAGCUGAUAUGCUCUUCUGUCUUUUAACAAGCCUGGGAGAAGCUCCCAUGAGUUGUUCAUCUUUCUCUCUCUCACUUGAAUUUCAAUUUAAGGCCAAGUUGUUAUUUUAAAAUGUAUUUUAGAAAACAAACACAGAAUGUCUGUGAAGUAUUUUAGGAUAUAUUACUAAUUUGUUUGUAGUUUGAAUUAGGUCAUAUAUGGGGGAAAUAUCAAUCAGGGAAGAGGGUUAAGUGAGAGAGGAAAAAAUGAAAAAUGAUAAUCAACCUUGCUGUUGUAUGCACAACGAAGAAUGAAGCCAGCGUCAAGUUUCUAUAGAAAAAGACUAGAUGAUAUUUCACUCCAUCAUCACACAUACUGGUGAAACUGGCUAGGGCAUAAGCACCGGCAUCAUCGUAGACCUUAUCAAUCCAUCUUAUGAUUGUCAUAAGAUGAUGAAAUGUUGCUAUCUUUUGUCAUGAGAAGCGAUGACAACCAAACAUGCUGUUGCAGUUGCAUCAAACACUAUUGCAAAACAAACCAUGCAGUCUGUCUUCGGUGCUGUGCUCUGAUCUGGGUUAUCUAGACAUUCAUUGACCUUUUUGGAUUGAGACAGAUAGGUAGUUACUGUAGUUAGGCCAAUGGAUUGCAUAGGUACAGUAGGUAGAUAGAUACAGUAGGUAGAUAGUUUCUUUAAGUUUUUAACAUAUCGCUACUUAUAAGUACAGGCAGUUGAAUCUAUGUCAUUUAUAUCAGUCUGAAUAUGAGUAAAAUCCUCCAUUAUUUAUUGCCGCUGGUUGUUUUUUGUAUUCUUUCCAGUCUGUUCAGACAUAUCAUUGGUAGAUGACAUACUGGUAUGGUAUCACUGGCACUGAUGGAAAGGAAGGCAGGGCCUCACACAUACUGUAACCAUGGCAAUAGAGAGAGGUUAAGAACAGAAUCACAAUUACUAGGUAGAUUGUGGUUAACAACAUCUGUCUAUCUAUGUAGACUUGUGUUGUUGAAUAAUUCCUGGAUGGGGUAUUGGUUGUUCUAUUUGACAGUGUAUCAGGAUGUUAGGGAAGUUUGUAGGUCUUGGUUAGUAGGGAAUGCACUGGAAAUAUAUUGGACAGAGAGAUGACAGGCAUUUAAGACAGUAACCAACACUACAUCAGAACUCACCUGUGGAGCAGGACACUGGAAUCUCUUACACAGAACAGGAACAUGUGAAAAUUGAGGACGUAAUGUUGGUGUUUUGAGACUGCUAGUCAUUCUCAACAUAUCAUAAGCAUCCAUAUCUUUUGUGUUUAUCAAACAGACAUAUUGUACAUUGUAAUAUUGUUUUUUUAAAUUCAUUCAUUGUGUAAUAUAUUUAUGGAACAAAGCUUUUGUGUUUAACCAAAUGGUGGGCGUAUGGAUGAGAAAAGGGACUUAUUGUAUACGUAGUAGAAUAGAAUAGAUUCAAGUAGAGUAGUAGGGCAGAGACUGGUUGGAGGAAUUUCCACUGUAAUCCAUAGAACUACCCUCUGGAAUAACAGACCAAAGUGGAGGACUUUUUCCAGCAACUUCCGUUGAGUUCAUUGUCUUCAGAUCUGUCCUAUGAAGCACCAAGAAAACCCUGUUUCUACCCGGAAUUUCUGAAUAGAUCAUUCUAGAACAGUAACGCUCUAGGCUUCCCUCCCCUUAUAUCAUAAUAGUGUUUUUGUGGAAGUCAUAAGGGGUCGAAUCUUCCAAAGUGUUGUCUUUUCAUUAAGUGACAGACAGGGAGAUUUCUAGCCAGUUAGAAGAUAUGGUUUUAGAGGAUACAUGCCCCGCCCCCUUUAAUCUCCAACAACAUUCACCAUUCAUUCAAGUUUAACAAGUGCAAAACCUUUUUGUUAGUGUAUAUUGUUUAUAUUUGAACUCCUCUCAGCCCCAGAACCUCUCUGCCUGACACAACAGAAGUCUGUACAGAGAAUAAAUAUCCUGUCCACAUACUGUUCUUACAGACACACGACACCUUGACAUAGGGACGUUUCGCUGCUCAGUCUAGUUAAACACUACGUAUUUGCAUGGCGGUGCAUUCCAUUGAUUAUAGCAUUGGCCGCAUAGUCUCACGGUUGUCUGCUCUUGUACAAGGAAGAGUAUUUAUCUCCCUCCACAUAAGACUAGGACAUUCCCCUUGAAAAGCAUGCAGGGUUGAACAACUAAAAGGUUGUUUAAAGAGCAAAGUUACAGUUCCCCAUCAUUAUCUCAUGUUAAGCUUGACACAGUGGAGAGCAAAGUUACAGUUCCCCAUCAUUAUCUCAUGUCAAGCUUGAUGCAGUGGAGAGAAAAGUUACAGUUCCCCAUCAUUAUCUCAUGUUAAGCUUGACACAGUGGAGAGCAAAGUUACAGUUCCCCAUCAUUAUCUCAUGUCAAGCUUGACACAGUGGAGAGCAAAGUUACAGUUCCCCAUCAUUAUCUCAUGUCAAGCUUGAUGCAGUGGAGAGCAAAGUUACAGUUCCCCAUCAUUAUCUCAUGUUAAGCUUGACACAGUGGAGAGCAAAGUUACAGUUCCCCAUCAUUAUCUCAUGUUAAGCUUGACACAGUGGAGAGCAAAGUUACAGUUCCCCAUCAUUAUCUCAUGUCAAGCUUGAUGUAGUGGAGAGCAAAGUUACAGUUCCCCAUCAUUAUCUCAUGUUAAGCUUGACACAGUGGAGAGAAAAGUUACAGUUCCCCAUCAUUAUCUCAUGUCAAGCUUGACACAGUGGAGAGCAACGUUACAGUUCCCCAUCAUUAUCUCAUGUUAAGCUUGACACAGUGGAAAGUAAAGUUACAGUUCCCCAUCAUUAUCUCAUGUCAAGCUUGACACAGUGGAAAGUAAAGUUACAGUUCCCCAUCAUUAUCUCAUGUCAAGCUUGACACAGUGGAGAGCAAAGUUACAGUUUCCCAUCAUUAUCUCAUGUUAAGCUUGACACAGUGGAGAGCAACGUUACAGUUCCCCAUCAUUAUCUCAUGUUAAGCUUGACACAGUGGAGAGCAAACUUACAGUUCCCCAUCAUUAUCUCAUGUUAAGCUUGACACAGUGGAGAGCAAAGUUACAGUUCCCAAUCAUUAUCUCAUGCCAAACUUGAUGCAGUGGAGAGCAAAGUUACAGUUCCCCAUCAUUAUCUCAUGUUAAGCUUGACACAGUGGAGAGCAAAGUUACAGUUCCCCAUCAUUAUCUCAUGUUAAGCUUGACACAGUGGAGAGCAAAGUUACAGUUCCCCAUCAUUAUCUCAUGUUAAGCUUGACACAGUGGAGAGCAAAGUUACAGUUCCCCAUCAUUAUCUCAUGUCAAGCUUGAUGCAGUGGAGAGCAAAGUUACAGUUCCCCAUCAUUAUCUCAUGUUAAGCUUGACACAGUGGAAAGUAAAGUUACAGUUCCCCAUCAUUAUCUCAUGUCAAGCUUGAUGCAGUGGAGAGCAAAGUUACAGUUCCCCAUCAUUAUCUCAUGUCAAGCUUGAUGCAGUGGAGAGCAAAGUUACAGUUCCCCAUCAUUAUCUCAUGUCAAGCUUGAUGCAGUGGAGAGCAAAGUUACAGUUCCCCAUCAUUAUCUCAUGUUAAGCUUGAUGUAGUGGAGAGCAAAGUUACAGUUCCCCAUCAUUAUCUCAUGUUAAGCUUGAUGCAGUGGAGAGCAAAGUUACAGUUCCCCAUCAUUAUCUCAUGUUAAGCUUGACACAGUGGAGAGCAAAGUUACAGUUCCCCAUCAUUAGCUCAUGUUAAGCUUGAUGUAGUGGAGAGCAAAGUUACAGUUCCCCAUCAUUAUCUCAUGCCAAGCUUGACACAGUGGAGAGCAAACUUACAGUUCCCCAUCAUUAUCUCAUGUCAAGCUUGAUGCAGUGGAGAGCAAAGUUACAGUUCCCCAUCAUUAUCUCAUGUUAAGCUUGACGCAGUGGAGAGCAAAGUUACAGUUCCCCAUCAUUAUCUCAUGUUAAGCUUGACACUGUGGAGAGAAAAGUUACAGUUCCCCAUUAUUAUCUCAUGUUAAGCUUGAAACUGUGGAGAGAAAAGUUACAGUUCCCCAUCAUUAUCUCAUGUUAAGCUUGACACAGUGGAGAGCAAAGUUACAGUUCCCCAUCAUUAUCUCAUGUUAAGCUUGACACAGUGGAGAGCAAAGUUACAGUUCCCCAUCAUUAUCUCAUGUUAAGCUUGACACAGUGGAGAGCAAAGUUACAGUUCCCCAUCAUUAUCUCAUGUCAAGCUUGACGCAGUGGAAAGUAAAGUUACAGUUCCCCAUCAUUAUCUCAUGUCAAGCUUGACACAGUGGAGAGCAAAGCCAAGAUCCCUUUGGAUCAUUUUCAUGACAGUACUAUAGAAACAGUCAGAUCUUCAGAACUAGCAGCCUAAUGAGGACAUGGGAUCUUUGAAUUAACAAUAAGUUCUAUUAGUAUUUGAUUAUAGAAAACAUGAUGACAUGUAUUUGGUCUAUUUUUUCUUCCACUUCAUGUGAUUUAUUUGGCAAAAUGUACUUUUUUUGUAAGUUACUGUAAAUGCUGCACUUUACAUAUGCACCAAUAGAGGGCAGACUCCGGCAGUAUCAGUGGCUGGCAUUGGUUCACAGUCAGUCCCAUCUCUCUGGAGAUGAUGCAGAUUUUAUAUGUAAAUCUAACUGAUUUGUCAAAGAUCUGAGCAGAUGUUUUAAAUGUUAUUUGGAUGCAAACUGUCACUUUAAAGUUGUGAAAAUUAAGAUCACUACAUUUUAAACUAUCUAGGUUUGGUCUUCAGGGGAAGUAGUAGGAAGGUUGGUUUGAGGUUAAAGGUUAAAGGCUGACCCCUGGAAUGAAGUGUCUGUGCCGCUGUAGAGAGACCGGUGCUUUUUCAAAGGUGUUAUAAUUAUUAUAUUAUUUUGUUUUCUUUCUUUUAUGGCUUCUGUGGAAAUUGAACGUUUUGGAAAUGUGUUGUUUAUUAUCAUUUUUUUGUUUGAUGCUGUAAUUAUAAAACAUAUCUGACUGGGAUGAACUUUAAUAUAUGUUGUUGGUUUUGA